GCACAGAAUAGAUAAAAUUUAUAAUAUUAUAUGAAAUUUCAUCUAUUCUGUGCUAAUACCUAAUACCUAUUGUUAAUUCAUAAUAAUAACAUUGUACUGCUAUAAUUGUAUAAUACAUUAAUGUUAAUUAGUGGUCGAUUAUAAUAUCAUAAUGUACGUGGAAAUGAUUUCAGAUCUACUUGAUUUGUUUAAUAAACUAUUAAACUUUAUGACUGAAGUUGGAGUCUUGGAUUCUUUUACAUUCAUGCAUUCUGCCAUAAAUCUCAACUCGCAGCAUGAGCAGUUCCUUAAAAGAAUUCAAUCAUCAAUUGAUGAAUUGAAGAAAUGGUUACAAAAUGUAUGUACGGAAUGGAAAGCAGAAGAUUUAGCUUCUCUUGGCAAUGUAAUAGAACCACCAAUGACACCUAAUAAUAUAGAUCUCAACAUGAAUGGCACCGAUUACAUCACACCACUUAUUAAAGAAAAAAUAGACUCUGUGCUAGGUUUUCGAAAUCCAGUGAGUCCGAUUUUAUGGAGUGUUGGAUUGAGACCCAUACAAGAUAGUAAUUCUAAAGACGGAUUUGAAAUAGACGAUGAUCAAAGACUGCCUACAGAUUUUGUUGCUCCUUCUUUUGGAGAUUAUGGAAGCCCAUCUUCAGAACCUUGGAAUGUUUUUCAAGAAUCUAAUUAUGAUCUGGAUCAGACAAACAUGGAUGAAAAAGGUCCUCAAACACCAAAUAUAAAAUUAUAUAGAAAGGAAGAGGAACCAGAUAUUAUACAAGACAUCAGUUCAAAUUCAUCAUGUUUUCCUCAUGAGAUUAAUCAAAUUGAAAAUUUAUUUCCAUGCCAAAAAUGUAAACACCAACUCGAGUCUUUUGAAGAGUUAGAAGAACAUUUAAAAACACAUCAACUCAAAUCAAAAUUCACAAAUCUACAUUUAACUUGUGCUUACUGUAAUAAAUCAUUCUGUAAAAAAAGUAAUUUACGCCUACAUAUGUUGAUCCAUGAAAACAUCAAACCUUACGCAUGUUUGUACUGUGAUCGGCAGUUUACUCAGAAAGCCACAAGAGAUAUACACUUAACUAAACAUACUGGUGACUAUUCAUAUUUGUGUUAUGUUUGCAAUAAAAAAUAUGCUACUAAAGGAAAAUUAGAGUUCCAUAUGAAAACUCAUCAAGAAGCACAAUAUGAAUGUACAUUGUGCAGUAAACGAUUUUCUACUCAGCAAUAUUUAAAUUAUCAUAUGAAAGUACACCCAGAUCAGAAUACAAGUGGAUUCAACUGUGAUGUAUGUCAAACAGAGUUUAAGAAAAAAAGAUGUUUCCUUGCACAUAGAAAACAGGAACAUCCAUUUUGUAUGUUUAAAUGUCCAACUUUUGAAUGUGAUAAGGAAUUUUCUACGAUCCAACUGUUAAAUAGGCAUAUUAAACGAUUACACGAAGCAAAGGAAAGAAGUGUAAUUUGUUCAGAAUGUGGAAAAUCAUUUGAUUUUCCUAAUUACUUACAAAAACACAUUGUUCGAGUUCAUGGGCCUAAACGUUUACCAAAAUUUAAAUGCCGACAGUGUCCCUUGCGUUUUGAUAAUGACGUUAUGUUACAUGUACACAUGCAAUCACAUCCAAAGGAUAUUAAAAAAAAAGAAAUCAAACGUGUGAGUUGUCCUCGAGAUUCUUGUAAUUUAUCAUUUUACAACCGUGUUAGUCUUCGAUAUCACAUCGCUGAAAAACAUGAUAAUAUUUAUCGGUAUGAAUGUGAAAUAUGUCAAAAAAAAUUUGUUCGUAAAAAUCAUUACGAAUUACAUAAAGCUAUUCAUUUGAAACCAAAUUUUACUUGCAAUAUGUGUUUCAAAAGAUUUCGUAAAAAGAAUCGCUUAGCUGCUCAUUGGAAAAGGACUCAUCAACAAGAGACAUUUGAUUUUGGCAUGCUUUUUAGUGUAGACACAAUUCACAAAUUAAAUUUAUAAUAUAAUAAUAUGUUUAAUAAAUUAUAGUUAAAAAGUUAACUACCUAAUGUUAAAAUAAGAUGUAAUGUAAACUGAUCAGGCAAGGAUCCAUGAGUGGUUAAUAAGGGACUUUACCCCUCUCCUUUUUCCUCGUGUUACCUAUGUAAUAAUGUAUUAUACUUUUGUAUAUUUAAAACAAAGCAUUUUUAUAUUUGGGAUAAUCUUGGACAUUUUGAUUUGCAUGAGUGUUUUUUUUAACAGGCCUAUGGAUAUGCUAAUUUUGGGUCACACACAUAAAAAUAAUUUUUACUCACAAAAAUCCAAUUUAAUUUUAUGUAUAUAGUUGCCAUUGGUUAUAGAAAUAAGAUUAAAAAUUUUAAGAAAUGUAUUAUCUGCCAAGGACCUACUAUUGUUUGAUAUUCUUUGUGGGCCCAAGGCCAUGCCUCCUGACCCCCUCCCCUUAAUUCGGACUUAUGCAGACCCCUAGGGAUCCAUGGACCACAGUUUGAGAAACCUUGACCUGUAUAAUAAAAUAAUACCUAUUAUGUGCCUUCUAAAAUCAUUGGUACCUAUUUGUUAUCUUUCUUAGAGCAAAAAUGUAACCUCCCUCCCAUCACAAAUUUCUAGAUUCGUGCCUGAAACUAGUGAUAAGAGCUUUAUGGUGCUUUUAUAGUUAGCUACACAAUGUAGAGAAGAUAUUCUGUAGAGACGAUCUUCUCUAAAUCUUGGUUAUUAUUUAAUCUUAUUUGAUUGUUUGUUAUUAGUUAAAUAUUUAAAUAAAUAUCACAUUUUAAAAAAA